AUGACCUCCAUCUUCGCUGCAGCUACAGCCAGCAUAUGCCUCCUUCGCUCUGGCCUACAAGCCGAUGACCUGAUCAAGAAUGGGCAAGUGCAAGCCAUCAUAUGGGGCCCUGAGGUACUGACCAAAGCCAAUCACGCCACACACCUGCGCCGCCACCGCAACCACAUUCCGGUUAUCUCCUUCUCUAGCAUUAUUUCCCCCGCAUCGUGUGCCUUCUGGCUGGAAGAUCCUGUAACAGUUCCUGGAGGCUAUGCUAAGUUUGGCUUUACACUUGGAAGUGACAGCAUAACCUUUCCUAAUCCAGAAACCGAUAGACAAUACAGAAGAAAACUAGAUGCACGAAAAUCAAGUAAGAGUUGCAGAAGCAAGGCAGGGCUGAAUAUAGCUGUGCCGCUGAAACUAGGCUUUCAAGUUUUUGUGAAUGUUACUGAUCCUUAUUCCGAGAAACAAAAUGUCACUGGCUACAGCAUUGAUAUCUUCGAGGCUGCUAUCAGGAAUUUACGUCCUCUCCCGUGCUAUGAAUAUUUUGUCUUCAAUGGUACUUAUGAUGAGCUAGUAGGCAACGUGUCUUUGGGGGUCUAUGAUGGUGCAGUAGGGGAUGUGACCAUAACGGCUGAACGAGUCACCACCACCGACUUUACAAUGCCAUACACACAGUCUGGUGUGUCUAUGCUUGUGCUUGCCGAGGAUGAACCGGAUACAAUCCGCUGGACAUUUGUAAAGCCACUAACUCGGAAGCUCUGGUUGGCAACCAUGGUCUUCUUCUUCUAUACUGGCUUUGUCGUGUGGAUGAUUGAACUACCUAGAAAUCAGGAGUACCAAGGAUCAAGUUUGAGACAGUGUAGCACCGCCCUCUACUUUGUUUUCUCCACUUUGACAUUUUCUCAUGGUCAUACUAUUAAAAGCCCCUUGUCAAAAAUUGUUGUGGUGAUAUGGUGCUUUGUAGUGCUGAUUCUUGUCCAGAGCUACACAGCAAGCCUGUCAUCCAUUCUGACUGCAAAAAGACUCCGUCCUUGGAUGACAGAUUUUGACCAGCUCCGGCACAGUGGUGACUUUGUAGGAUACCAAGAUGAUUCAUUUGUGCGGUCGUUCUUGAUGAAUCAUAACAUCAGUGAAAGCAGGUUAAAGAACUACACCACGAAAGAAGAAUAUGCUGAUGCUUUGUGGAAGGGGUCCAAUAAUGGAGGGGUGUCGGCUAUCAUUGAUGAGAUCCCCUAUUUGACUUCUUUCCUCUCAGACCGUCGGUAUGGAAAUGAUUUUAGGAUGCUCGGGUGCAUUUACAAGACUCCUGGAUUUGGUUUUGCAUUUAAUCUAGGUUCUCCGCUAGUUCAUAAUCUUUCGACUGCCAUCCUGAACCUAGCAGGAGGGGAUGAGGGAUCACGAAUCGAAGUGAAAUGGUUUGGCACAACUUCAUCGCCGAUAGGUGCUGGCACAAUCCCAGACACUGAUUCCGCGCCUCUCACUUUAGAAAGUUUCUCCGGUCUCUUCGUCAUCACGGGAUCCAUUUCAACUCUCAUGCUGCUGAUAAGCAUUAUGAGGUUGAUUUAUGCCAAAUGCAUUGAGUUGAGAAAGGCUGAUGUGGAAAGUGUCAGCUACAGUGGCACUGACGAUGAGUCCCGUCUGUUGCAGAAUGGCAUAGGUGGCAACCCCAGCCCUGAUCAACAACCAUUACAUGAAGCUGGCAAUAAUCAUUCCGGGGGUGUCCAUAUGAGUGGCGAAAAUGCUGGGGACACAGAGCCAGACCCAGUGCGGCAGAAUGGCAUGCAUGGUGGCUCUGUCCCUGCAGGACACAUUCAGAUUGAGAUGCGCAAUGUCUAA